AUGAUUUCAACAUCGAAUCCUCAAGAGGUCAUUAACAUCUCCGAUGAUGAUGAUGAUGAGGAGGAGAAAAAGGAUAAUACUUGGCAAUUAGAUCCAUCACAAUUUAAAUUAACCAACCCGAAAUGGACGCAAUUGGUUCAGAAAUUGGUCGAUGAGAAUGUUAAGAAAGGUCUGGGAUUACCUCCCGAAGUAUCGAUCAUAGCCUCACUCUAUAAAUUAUUGUUCUACGAGAAGGACAGCCAUUUCAAUUUCCAUAAAGAUACAGAGAAGGAAGAUGGAAUGUUUGCCACUCUCGUGAUUCAACUUCCUUGCUUCUAUACGGGUGGAGAAUUGAUUGUUCAACAAAAUUCUCGAGAACAUGUCUAUGAUUUUCAGAAGAACUCACAAUUUAAUGCCUUCUAUGGUUCGUUUUAUGCAGACUGCAAACAUAGUGUAAAGCCGAUCACCUCUGGCUAUCGUUUGUGCCUCAUCUAUAAUAUACUUUGUAAGCAAAGGAAUCGACACUUGGCUGCCUCUCAACAAGGAAAUACUGUACAACAAUUACAAGACGAAUUUACGAGAUGGAAUAAUGGAGAGUAUCAGGAUACAAAAAUUUUGUAUAUAUUGGAACAUGAAUACACAAUGGCAGGUCUCUCUUUUGACGUGUUAAAGGGAAAUGAUGAAGCAAUUGUCUCUAUGAUUACCAAUGCCAAUAGAGAUGAAAAGUUGAUCGAUUGUGCUCUUGGAAUUGUUCAGAAAACAGAAUCAGGUUCUGCAUCAUGUUCUAGCUACAGUUAUUAUGGUGGUGGGGAUUAUGAAAUGGAGGACGUGUUCGACGUUACUCUCUCUCUGACGCAUUGUGUUGGAAUGGACAACAAGGAAAAACAUGAUCUGACCUCGAUUGAAAUUCACGAUAACGAAAUAUUCCCAAGAGAUGUAUGGGAUACUUUAGAGGCUGACGAUGAAAGCGUGGAAGAAGCAACAGGUAAUGAAGGUGCAACGAUGGAACGUCGCUACCAUACGACUGUGUUGAUUCUAUGGCCAGAGAAAAAUGCAUUCAAUAUGAUAAUGGAUUUAAAAACUAAGCAUGCAUUUUCACAAAUGUUAAACCUAUUAAAAAGCUUAAAUCAAACUGAUUGGUUUUACAAAGAAUUAUCAAAGGAAAAAGUUUUAUUUGUCACGAACUGUUGUGAGCACUUUGGCUUGGAGGAGGUAAAACCUUUGAUUGAUGAGAUUUCUAUUUCUGCAGACCUUGGAUCAUUGGGAGAAUUGGCUAAGAGUAUUAAGGAAGAAGGAAAUCCCUUGUCACAAGUUUUAUUUAACAAAUUUAUAACAAAUCGGUUGAAUUGGGUGGAUAGUCGAAAUAGUUGGAUGUCAGAGGCUACACCUCUAAUUAAUAUUCUUAUUUCCAUUGAUCGCAACAAGGAGAUUGAAAUAAUUGCUCAAAAAUUAAGGCAAACUUAUCAACAAAACAAAAACAAAUUAGAUGAAUUAGGCUCCUUAUUAAUGCAAAUUGGGCAUCAGUUUCCCACAAAUUUCUUUGAGCAUGACAGAUUGGUGCAUUUGUUGAACAUGUGUAUUGAUGACCUUAAAGUGGAAACUUCUAUGGCACUUUCUGAAGCGUCCUACAAACUCAAUGUGAAACUUAAUUGCUCAUGUAAAUCGUACAUCGUAUCUCAAGCAAUGAGCGUAAUAGGAAGCAUGUGCAAUAUUCAGUGA